AACAUCAAAUAAGAUCGUCUUCUUUAUUAUAGUCAUUUGUCAAUUACCGUAUCAUGUUUUUAUUUUAUUUUAAAUUAAAUAAAGAAUAUUUAUUUGCAUUUAUUUUUUUUUAUUCAAAUAAUUUUAAAUAUAUUAUGCGUUUUUUUUACGUUCGUAUUUCACAGCAAACGGCCCUAAGUGAAUUAAAAUAAUCUUUCAUUGUCCACCAGAAAAGCGGAGCCCCUUUUAAUUCAGCUGGUACGGUUUGGCGGAAAAAAUCAGAGAAAAAGGUUGAGUUGGAGCUCGGAAGUUUCCGCAUUCCUUCCGCCAUGUGCGGCGCUGGAGCCUGCAACUGAAGAACCGCAAGUCUUCUCUUCCAAAGUAUUCCUUUUCCAGUAGAAUAUAUUGGUUCUUGAGAAUCUAUCGAAGCUCAGCAAACAAACUUGUAAAAGAACAGAGGAGGCAGAGGUCGGCAAGGCAUGGAGGAUUUAGGGGCCAUGGGCGGUAGAGGAGAUUCAUUACUCCGGUUAGUCGGGUUUACUCCCAUCAACUGUUACGGUGGCGGCCGUCUUCAUCUCUCAUUUUGCCUCAAUACCUCAUCCAAAUCUGACAUGCUCACGUAGGCUAAAAUCUCGAAUCCAUAUAUCAAUUUUCUACCUGUGCUCUCUCCAUACUUCUUUCUUCUCUCCUUCUCAAAACCCCUUUUUCUUUUCGCAAGCUUGAAGGGUUUGCGCUUUUGAUUCUAUUUGGAGAAGUUUUGUAAUAGUUGGUUUUGAUGGGGGGAAAAAACUCCUCAGAGUCAGGUAGGAGGAACAUUAGCCGUCCCUCUUCUUUUAAUCAUGGGAACUAUUCCCAUGGUUACCAAUCGAAUUCACUCUAUUCCAGCGAGGCGCCAUACUAUCAGAAUUUCCCUCCUCAAAGCUAUGAUGCUCCAGUUGAGGCCUACCCUCACACUCAAUCUUUUUCAGCUUCAUUUUCAUAUCCAACAGAGGGCUACCACCCAAAGCCUUCGAAUUAUCCUCAACCUUCGCAGCCACAUUCAUCUUCUUCUUCAAAUGCGACAAGCAAGUUGCCAAGGUUGGACCGAAGGUAUUCCAAGAUAGCUGACAUGUACAAAUCCUUGGAUGAGGUCACUGAAGCUCUUGCUGAAGCUGGUCUUGAGUCUUCCAAUCUUAUUGUUGGUAUUGACUUCACCAAAAGCAAUGAGUGGACAGGUAAGCACUCAUUUAACCGCCGGAGCUUGCAUCACAUCAGCGAUACGCCAAAUCCCUAUGAGCAAGCCAUCUCUAUAAUUGGAAAGACAUUAUCAAAAUUUGAUGAGGAUAACUUGAUUCCAUGUUUUGGGUUUGGAGAUGCAUCAACACAUGACCAAGAAAUCUUUAGUUUCUAUCCGGAUGGGAGACCAUGCAAUGGGUUUGCUGAAGCUCUUUCUAGAUAUCGAGAAAUUGUCCCACACUUGCGGUUGGCUGGGCCGACAUCCUUUGCUCCAAUAAUUGAAAUGGCAAUGACCAUUGUAGAAGAAAGUGGUGGGCAGUAUCAUGUUUUAUUGAUUAUUGCUGAUGGUCAG